CCCUGCCUUGAGACGACGGAAUCACAGGGAUCGUCAAAAUGUUCCGCCAUCUCACCCAGAGCAUAUAGAGAGACGUGGUGCCUUCCAACCCCCAAGUCCUGGCAAUCGUGCCCCCCUGCACCCGGCAGCCCUACCCCACCAGACAACACACCAUCAGCCUGUCAUCAUAGAUAUGAACAGACUACCACCUACCUCACAAGUGAAUGCAGCCACUCCGUACGCCGUACCAGUCUGUACUGCAUCACACCAUCACCCAGCAUGCACUGGGGCACAUAUCCCAGUGUGCACCACACAGCCAUCAUGGAGUAUCCCAGGAUGCACUAUGAUCCCAGCAUGCAGUAUGCAGCAUAUCCCAGCAUGCAACUUACAGCAGCUCCAUCAGAUCCCAAUGGCUCCUGGUUCGUAUCAUCCCUCAAUGUUACAGCCCAAUCCAGUGAACCAACAGUUCGCCGCCAACAAUCUGCCACCACCUCCGCCUCAUGUACCCCAGCCACCACAUAACAGCAACCCACAUCCUCAUCAGGCUGGACAGCAUCAAGCGCAGCACCAACACCCGCAGCAACAGCAACCACAACAUCAGCAUCCUCAGCAUCAUCACCCCCAACAUCACUUUGUGCCAACUUCACACCCUAGACAGGAUGAUGAUGUUCAGAUAAUUGCGGAACACCGGCCACCCCGGCACCCCUACAUUCCCUCUCACCCCAGUAUGCCCGGCCAUCAGGCUGCUGGGCUCAAUCCUUCACCCCCAGUAUUGUUACAGGAACCACCAAUCGUGCCCAUCGCACAUGACCUAUUCGGGCCUUAUUCCCAAUAUCGCAGACGUUUAGCACGUAACCCAACAAGAUGGAGAACAAAUCUAGUGCCUCCCCCACCCCCUCCUUACCCAGGGUUCUUGCUACACUUCCUGGCAAUGAUGGGUAACUCGCCAUGGCAGCAACCGUAUGGCAUUGACCUUGAAACUGACGCUGCUGAGGUAGAAAACUACGAGGCUCUCCUUAACCUCGCAGAACGUCUAGGCGAGGCCAAACCCAGAGGUCUCACAAAAACUGAAGUGGAACAACUCCCAAAUUAUCGAUUUAGCCCUGAUACAAAGCGUUCAAUCAACGAUCAGACAUCAUGUGUUGUUUGCAUGUGCGAUUUUGAGGCGAAGCAGCUGUUGAGAGUUCUGCCUUGUUGUCAUGAGUUCCAUUCGAAAUGCGUCGAUAAAUGGCUGAAGUCCAAUCGCACUUGCCCAAUAUGCAGAAAAGAUGCAUCAGAGUCCAUGAGCCAAUCAGAUUGAAGAGAAUAUUUGCUCCAGAUGACAGGAUAGGAACAGUGUUGGAACAACAGACACUUUUCCUAACAAUUAUUGAAUAUGCCACUAUUUGUCAAAAAAUGGGCGAAAUUGUAAGAUAACAUGUAUUCUGAAUGGUAAACGUUACCUUGUUAAAAUUUAGGGCCUUCAAUUAAAGGGGACAGGGUUCUAUAUACAAGCACAAAAUAAUCAGCCAAUCAAUCCCAGUAUAUUUAGCAAAGUAAAGUAAGUAAAUGGGAAAAGCGUUGACACAAUUCAAUUGUCGACCCAAAAAGCAAUUGAUAUCUCUCUGUAUUGUAUAAAAACAUAUGUAUCUUCUCAUGUUAUGAUAUUUAAUCUUCAAUUUUGAGUGUUGUAUAUUCUAACUGAAAAAUAAUGAAUGGCCUUGAACUUCUUGUUUUUUUCUCGUUAGAUAUAUUCAUUAGAUAGUAGAAAAACACUUGCAUGUGAAGCUGUAUAAAAGCUUUAACGUGAUUUUCAAAUUCAUAGAUUAUCGAGAAAUUAUCAAAAUUAUUAUUCUUACAAUAUAAGCAUGUCUUUUAUCAUAUAAGCGGCUUUUAUGAUAUCUGUAUAUUUAACUAUCUAACUUUUGCAUGUUCCAUAUAUGGUCAUAUAAAUCUUCCCUCGUUUACAUCGAAUUUGACAACUUUACUUUUAUUGGUGAAGGUGUUUCACUUCUCAAUGUUUAUGUUGUCCCAAGUAUUUUUUUCUUAAUAUCGAACUUCAUACUUUCAAAUAAAUAGUAGCGUGUGCUCUAAAUGUCCAACCUAAUGUACGUGUAUAUACACAAUGUAUUAUAUUUACACACUUUGACAGAUCUUUUACCUUGCUUUAAUCUCCCAUUUAUUCACCAGAUAGCGCUGUUGUAUACUGCUAUAUAUGGAAUGGUUACCUCCCCCUUUAAUAGAUGGCACCCUAUAUUUUAACAUAGUUAAUACAUUGCUUAAUAGGUGGCUGAAUAAAGGCUAAUAGUACCUUAAAAAAAUAUCAAUGCAAGUUACGCAUAUGUGUUUAAUGGAAAAUACAUAUUUGAAUGUUACCCAUUGCAUGUGUGUUUCCUUUUGGUACAGUUUACACUGAACCUGGUUUGUUUGAUACAGUUUAUACUGUGCCUAGUUUCUUUGGUACAGUUUAUACUGUAUCUAGUUUCUUUGGUACAGUUUAUACUGUAUCUAGUUUCUUGGUACAGUUUAUACUGUA